AGCACUGCUACCAACAGUUCGCGGCAACAAUUAACAUUAACACAAACGUGUAAACUGUGACUUUACUAAUAUUGCUAAUAAAAACGUCUCUAGGCGUAGGUGGUCGUUUCCUAAUUUAAGUUCAUUCCGUUCGCUCGGCUCCUGCUUGAGAAUUUUUCACAUAUAGUGUUUAGUGUGCUAUGCACUUGAUAAGUGUUGGUGUAAGUGCGUACUCGGUGGUAGUAUCCUGCUGCUUGGAAUUCUGCCCGCAGGAGUUUUCCUGCAAUGUAGCCGCAGGACUGUGGUACGCGCCCUGCUGCUCGACUAGGAGCUAGACUCUUCCCUUUCCGGACGAUUUUUCUGCCCAUCUGGAUUUCCGCAAAGGUUAAACCUACGAUGAAUUUGAGGAAUAUGUGUUGGCUGGUGAUACUGGCCAUCCUCGAGUGCUGUUGGAGGACGUCGUCUUCGAACCUACCCAAAGAAGCCCUGGCUGAAGUAGAAGCGAGCCUGCUGUCUCUGUUCGGUUUUAAAUCUCGGCCUAAAAUAGACAAAUCCAAAAUAGUGAUACCUCAAGCCUUGAUACAAAUGUACGAGAAGCAGACGGGGUUUCCUUUCGAGACAGCGUCGAUACCAAAAAAGGGAUUGCACACGAGAAGUGCCAACACAAUAAGGAGUUUUACUCAUAUUGAAAGUCCAAUAGACUUAAGGUUUCCGGGGCAUCACAAAUUUCGGUUGAAAUUCGACCUCUCGAGUCUCCCAGAAGGAGAAAAACUGCAAGCGGCGGAACUGACCUUAAAUCGCAAGGUGAUCGACUGGAUAGCAAAAGAAGACCACCGGAAGGCGCACUUCCAGAGGCUCCUGGUCAUCGACAUCGUCAAACCGGGCGUCAAGGGAAAACACGGAGCCAUAACGAGGGUAAUCGACAGCAAACUCAUAGAUACGAGAAGGAACGCCACCCUAAGCCUGGACGUAUUCCCGGCAGCCCAAAGGUGGAUCGAGGAUCCGAGAAGCAACCACGGCAUCCUCAUUUCCGUUUCAGGAAUCGGAAGAAACAAGACGACGCCAGCGAAGCACGUUCGAUUACGGAGGAGUCAAAAUGAAGACGAUAACUCUUGGAAGAUAGUGCAACCCUUACUGUUCACUUACACGGACGACGGGAAGAACAAACAGAAGACGGGGGCGGAGAUGCUGCAGAUCCAGCGCAAGAGGAGGGCCGCCAAAAGACACAACAAGCGGAAAGACGACAAACGUGAGCCUUGCAGCAGGCACAAAAUGUACGUGGAUUUCAACCAGGUAGGUUGGAGCGACUGGAUCGUAGCACCUCCAGGUUACGACGCCUACCACUGCCAAGGCGAGUGCAAUUUUCCCCUGCCGGAGCAUCUCAACUCGACGAAUCACGCCAUCGUACAGACUCUUAUGAACUCAGUGAGUCCUACCAAGGUUCCUAAAACGUGUUGCGUGCCCACGCAACUCAACGCGAUAUCCAUGUUGUAUCUGGACGACGAGAACAAAGUCGUCCUGAAGAACUACAAAGAAAUGGUUGUGAUUGGUUGUGGGUGCCGGUAGUGGCCCUUGUCGUCUCUGUAACCGCGUCUGUGAUCUAGAACUCGAGGCUACCGUAGCGCGAACAGUUGUCCCAGUGAAACAAGUACCGUUUCAGUGCACAGGGUGAAACCCGCUUCCAAGUGUGCAGCUGACUAUUUUGUCUUCUCAUCUGUGAUUGUAAUUUUAAUUCGAACGUAAGGGUUGCAAUUUGAUAUCGCUUUAAACGGUGCAGUUACUUUAGAAUGCUUUAAAUGCCCCAAUCGUUUUUACAAUGCCUCGACUGCUUCGCGAAAGUUCAAAACUUAAGCGAACUGGAACCGUUUUACUACUUGACGAAAAUUAGAUGCUUAAUUUUGUUCAUACUGUUUCAAGACAACGCCUUAUCAAGAGAAUAUCAGAGGGAAUAAAAGAUUUUAUUGAGAAACUUACCCAAAAUUAUCUUUAUUAGCGCAUAUACAGCAACAGUAUGAAGACAAAAUUUAAACCAAUUGCCUAGUUGCAAUGUGAACCGUUUUUUUAAUUAAAAACUGGUACUUACUUUCAUACUAGGGUUGACGAUUAUGUCUCGUUAUAUGUGACAUAAAGAAUUCUUGUCUCAUAAGGACAAGGAGAGACUGACUAAGAUUUGUAUCUCGUAAAAAUAAAAAAUUAACCAAGAUUAGGUACUGCAAAUGCACUUAGAAAGAAACAUACCGAUGUUCUAAAUUAACUGCACUGUUAUUUAUACACGUAACUGCUAACUUAACCUGUUAACCAGUGGCUGGUGGCUGAUGUGAGCCACGCAGUCUUCAAUGUUGCAGUGGACGUGAAUAUCGUUUUCGUUAUUAACUUGUUAACAGUUAAUACAGUACAGGGAAGCAACAAAAAAUUAGAAACAUUUUAAAAUGUUGUUGUGGUGUUAGUCUUACUUAGUUUUGUUAACUUGUAAUUAAGGGUUGAAUUUCUGAAUGAUUAUUCGUUAUUUGGAUUUUUAAAGUCGGUGUUCAUGAAAUGGUUCUCUUUUUUUGUCCACUCUGUACCUACAAGUCUAUGCAACUGAGUCAAAUGUAAUAUAUUAGUACCUGGAUAAGGAGUAUUUAUUGAUUAUUGAUAGUAAUGUGCAUAUUGUACAGAUUAAAUUGUAAAUGGAAAUAAGCUAAUACUUAUUUUGUAAAAUUAUGUAAGCUUUUG